CUUUGUAAACAAGAGGUAAACAAACCGCGAAUAGUUGUGCCUGGACAAUUUUUUAUUUUAUUAUCUUGAAAAUUGAAACUACUUUCAGUGUUUGUGUUUUGUAAUUUUAAGGUUUUAUGCAUUUAGAAACAAUAAACUUAAGUAAACAAUUGCACAAUGUCGAUGUCAUCGACAAGUAUACAUAGCAGUCAUGAUAGGAAAGUAAAAUACCGCGCUAUUUUACGGAGCCUGAAUAGCGAACAAGAAAAUGACAACAAUGAGCAGAGGAUGGAAAACACAGCGGCAGCAGUUCAAGAAGUACAGUCACUGCUGGCCGAGGGUGGGGUGGAGGAGAGGGUCAGACAUCCAGGUGAAAACUAUCUGGAUUCAAGAGUGCUAAAAGCAGCCAGCGACCUGGCCAUCAGUUGUUCAGAAGCUGUCAGUGGAAUGGAGAAUAAUUAUGAUAAACAUGAAUUUGCACUGCGUAUUAGUGAGAACCCCAAGUUCUGGGAGCUCACGUUUCCUCGCGAGGUGCCCGUGAUUUGUUCACUGCACGGCACCUUCGCGCCGACACCGCCGGAGCAGAGGCCUAGGGCUCCGCGGCGCAGAGUUGAGAGGCAAGAGGCGGCCGCUCUCAAAGCGCCUGAGAAUGUUGAGAGAUUGGAAAAGACCGACGAAGCAUCGGAGCUGGUGAAUCGCGUCCACCGCUUCAUCACCAGGAAGUGUCGCGAGGGCGUCAGCUACUACCACCUGGUGCUGGAUCCCACCAGCUUCACCAAGUCUGUGGAGAACAUCUACUACGUUUCCUUUCUCGUGAGGGAUGGCCUGGUCUCCGUAUACACAAAUGAGGACUUUGGGCUGCCGUUUGUGAAGCCAGUAACGACGCAAGCCCAGAGGAACAGUGACAUAUCUGAUGAGAACCAGUUCAUUGUGUCCAUCGACAUGGAGCGAUGGAGGAAACUCAUUUCCGCAUUCGGAAUAGAGUCUCCCAUGAUGGUGCUGAAGACUUGAUAGCUUUAAGUUCAGAGGUCACGUUGGCUGUGAAAUCAAGUGAUAACCUGCGGGAAAGUGACAACCUCAAUAACCUACAUAGAAUAAAUACAAAAAAAUUUCUAUCAUUUAUUUAACAAACUUUCAACGCGCGAACAUUUGGGAGUGCUUUAUUACUCUCACAUUUUUAAAUAUAAAAUUGUUAAUACCAUAGAUAAUUUAUACGUCUACAUAGACUGUGACAGCUGUGAAAACGUCGAAAAAAAAUAGCGGCUAUCUGUUACUUUCUAUUUUCAGCAACGUUUGCACACAUAUAAAACACUGACUGAUGUAUCGCUAGUGUAAGACGUAGAUUAACACGCACACUAAAGUAAUAAACCUAUGUCUCAAUUUAGACUCAUAAUCGAUGUUUUUAAAACAACAUAAUAUUAUAUUAAGUAUUUUUGUUAAUUUUGGUUAUUUAUAUUUACAAUAUAAUAACGGAUGACGCAGUGUUGGUAGGCCCCCCACAAGAUGGAGUGAUGAUCUGGUCAAGAUCGCCGGAAUACGUUGGAUAAGGGCAGCGCAGGACCAAUCGUCGUGGAGAUCUUUGAGGGAGGUCUUUGUUCAGCAGUGGACGUCUUCCGGCUGAUAUGAUAAUGAUAUUUACAAAAAAGGCCGCUCUUAAGCCACAACUUUAAGUCAUUGUUAUCAUAAGAAUUAUCAUUCAAUAAGGUUUUAUAUUUAAUUUAAAAAAUAAAUAUUUUUCUU